AUGCCUACCAUCGGUUUUCUCUCGCUGAACGACGAUGGCGGAAGACGAAUCGAUGAUGAAGACCGCGAGGGCCUUUGCCAGACUGCUACAACUCCCGAUGGAGACGUGGAUCCAGUCGACAAGACCUUUGCUUUCAACGAGAUAGUGCAGUCCCUUUACAGCGAAAUCGGUGACAUCAUUCAAAGCAAAGUUUGUGAGAUUGCAAUGGGCGCUGCAGCCGCACACGGCCCCGGGCUUGUUGGACAAUGUGCUGGGGCCUUUGUAGCAGCAGACGAUCUCCAAAGAGCCAGCCAAAUUUUGUUGCGAAAGGCUUUUGACGGCGCCGUGGGCCGCCAUCUUGCGUCGUCCAAGCACCAAAUUAUGCCCCCGACGGAAUGGUUUCGCUACGGUGGUGAUAGGCCCCUCGAGGUCGCAAAAUCAGUGCAUGCGUUUAACGGGAAGAAAUUCCCAAACAUGAGGUAUUGGUUCCACCCCGAGCUUCAAGAAGAUGGGCACGUGGUGAUCGUCUUCCAGGAUCCCAACACCUACGUGCCUCCGGACAAGCGGCCUCCGACGAGUACCUCCGAGCAGGGUUUCUGCGGGCAGGAUGCGCUGAACUUUGAGAAGGUCUGCGUCCAGACGAAUGAAGCCGGCGAGCUCGAAUCCUUGACGGUCAAUCUUGAUCUGAACAAGGAGCUGGAUGUGACAGCCGAGGUCCCACUCUAG